AUGGAGGUCGGGGUGCCCGCGCUGCCAGCGGGGUGGACCACCUUCCGGCGGGGCGCGGUGCCACUCUACCUACACCUGGCCUCGCGCGCGGUGCUCGCCACACCACCUCGCACCCUUCCUGGCUCCUCACGCGAGCUGACGGCGGUCAGUGAUGUCUCACCGGGCGAAGCGGCGCUCGUGGCGGCGCUCAACGCCGCGGCGCGGCAAAGCCUGGGCCCCGCGAACGCGCAGCCAGUGUCGGGCCUGCACCAGUGCGGCCUCACGGCGUCCGUCCCGGCCGUCCUCCCUCCGCAUCUCAUGGCGCGCCCUCCACAGCCGAACGCCAGCGCUCCGUGUACGCAACUCACGAGAGGUGUCGAGUCGCCCGCCGAGACAGCCAUUCGCUUCCUACGCGCCUAUGUGUGGGAGACGCUCGGCGUGGUCGUCGAGAUGCGGGCGCGCCCCUCCGGUGCCGCGGGCGCCGCCGGCGCAGCAGCGGUGGCAACGGAGGCGGCGGGAGAGGCGGGAGCGGAAGCAAAGGCGGCAGGCGGGGCGGUCGGCUCGUGGUUUGCUGCCGAGUGUCACGUGGACGGCUUGCUCCUCGGACGCGCGGCGGUGCUCGGCAACCCGGAGCUGUGGCCGCACGUCGCGAUGCGCGGCGGCAGGCUCGUUCCUCUACCGCGCGCCUCGCCGCCUCUGCAGUCGCUCUCGGUGUGGGACGAUUCAAUCGUGGAUGCCAACGAGUUUGUCUGGACAACCCGCACGCCGGCGCAAGUGCUCGCUGACCUCGCGGCGCUCCGGCUCGGGAAGUACGUCGGCGUUGGCGAGGGCGUGUGCCGCCGGCGGGCGGCGCAGCUGUCCAAGCUCGAGCUCGUGCGCGAGGCUCUGCGCGAGCACUACCCGCAGCUGCAGCUGUGGAGCGACGUGCAGCUGCUCGAGGCCGACAAGAGGAGCAUCCGCACCGACAAGCGGGCGGAGAGGGAGCGAGGCCGCAGCCAGGGCGCCGAGGGGGGCGGCGCCGACGGGUCUGCUCCCGGCGGAUCCUCAUCCGAGGGGGGGGCACCCGCCGCCCCGCCGCCCGCCACGGCGCGGCCAGAGGCCUCGCAAGCUUGCGCCGACGCCGCGCUGGCGGCGGCGGCCGACGGCGGCGGCGGCGGCGGCGGCGGCGGCGGCGGCGGCGGUGGCGGUGGCGGUGGUGGCGGCGGUAGCCGACAGCUCGCCGGAGAGGGUGCCGGGUUCGUCACGAGCUGGCAGAACCAGUUUCGCGUCGAGUCCGCGCGGCGGAAGCGGGUGGCGAGGGACGGCGAGGUCGGGGAGAGCGAGACGCGCUUCACGAUGAACGAGAUUGAGGCUGGGGCGGAGGCGCUCUCCGCAGAGGCGCGGCGGCGGCUGCGCGCGGCCAUGGCGCGGCUCGAGGCGCUGGCCUCGGCCUCGGCUGUCUCCGAGGCGAUGCGGAGAGACGAGCCGUCGCACUUGAGCGCCGCUCUCGGCGAGGGUGCAGGGGGCCCGCCCCUCGCUCCGUCGGCGCGGCUUGGCGGGCUGGCUGCUUUGGGCGGAGGCACCGAGCUUGAGGAGCAACAGCAGCAGCAGGCGGCGGUGGAGGCGGUGGACGCGAGCAGCGCCGCGCCCGCCGCGAAGCGAGCGAGGAGGGCGUGGGCGCCGUGGAAGGCGGGGACGAAGGGCCACGCCGCACUAGCGGAGCUCGCCGCCACGAGGGAGGCGGGCGCGUUUGGCGGUCAGCGGGCGGCGCCCCAAGGGAGAGGGCGGUCGGAGCUGAGGCUGCUGGGAUGA